CGCAAAGUUCAGCUCCCCUGGCAUGUCUUCUGCUGUAGCAGGGUCUGUUCCAAAGGUUUCCGCAUUUUGUUUACAGCAUACAAAUUUUUCGUUCUACAGCAUACAAAUUUUUCUUCCCAGCUUCUUCCCAAGACGACGACAUCUUUAUCGAUCGUCUUGCAAGGUGUGUGUCCUUUCGUAUUUCGACAGGCUUUAGAAGACCAGUGAACACCAAGUGAAGCCAACCAAGCUUCUUUUCACAACCAACCAACGUCACAGAGUAAAAGUCACAAAGUAAAAGUCACAAAGUAAAAGCAAGAGCCAUGGCGGAACGAGCCUCCCUCAAGUACAACAACCUUGCCCGUCAGGAGUCGUCUGACUUUUGCGCCUCCUCUGACAGCAACGAGCGCGCCUUUGUGGACGAGAUCCUACAAGACGAGCCGCAGGAAGACGUGAGUGUCUCGGAGGAAUGUUUUGACGAGGACGAUGAGGACCUCGAAGGCACUGGGGUCUCCAGUUCGGGGCGUGCCAAGAGCGAUUCCGACUCUGUCGUCCAAGAUCCCGAAGAAGACGAGAAGAUCAAGUUCACUCCCGAGAUGACCCGCAAUGUCUUUCGUCUCCGCAUGUUGGUCAUUGUGGUCCUCUUCAUCGCCGCUGGCGUGGUUUCCUUUGUCGUCUUCUCCGUCAGCAACGGAGGAGAAAUCGAAGAGUUUGAAUCCAACUAUGAAGGCACCGCCACCAAGGUCCUGGAAGUGUUUCAAGGAAUCUUCACGGAGAAGCUCGACGCGGUGGCCUCCUUGGCCAUUGCCACCACGGCGCACUCGGUGGAUCACAAGGACCAUUGGCCCUUUUCAACCCUCUCCUUCUUCCAAGAACGAGCCACUGCCGCCCGCAAGCAGUCGGGGACGCUCUUUACAGCCGUGGUCCCUUUGGUCACCUACGAAGAUCGUGACGCAUGGGAGAACUACACCCGGGUGGACCCCGUCGGCUGGAUUCAAGAAGGACUUGAUGCGCAAGACCAGUGGGACCCCAUGAGACUCGGUGUCAGUCUGCCUUCGUAUGCUGGAACGGUACACCCUGGCUACAUUGUGCAUGAUGACUGGGAACUUGGAUUGAUUCGCGAUGAAGGUUACGGUCCUUACUUCCCCAUCUGGGCGGCUUCUCCGGUUGUCAAGGGUUUGGUCAACUUCAAUCUGGGUUCCCUCCCAACGUGGCUCGAAGAGAUCGCGACCAGUAUGCAAAAGAAUGCGGUGGUCAUUGGAAGGAUGUUGACACCACCUCCCGGCAACGCCCUUCAUGCAGGCUUUCUCACCCGCUUCUUUGCCACCUUGCUCAGCAUCAAGUACGCCAAACCAACCGAGUACCAGGGUGACCCCUUCAGCUACGUCUUCUUCCCCAUCUUUAACAACUUUGAUCACAAUCACACUUCCGUAGCGGUCUUGUUCACUGUCAUCAAUUGGGCCACUUUCUUCGAAAACCUUCUUCCAGAUAACAUCAUGGGCGUUACCCUCGUGCUGGAGAAUGGGUGUGAUCAGCCAUUCACUUACACAAUCAAUGGACCAGAAGUCGUUUUCCAGGGUCCAGGUGACCUUCACGACAUGAAGUAUGACGAAUUCAUGAGAACGGCAUCGUUUAAAGAACUCGAGAAUCGUACCAAAAGCGCUUCCGAUGUUUCCAACAUCAACUUUGCCCUCGAUUCCAACGAGUGCCCCUACAGCAUCCGCAUCUAUCCCUCCCAAGCAUACGUUAAUAUGCACACCACUGCCACUCCAGAAACCAUCACAACUGCCGUCGCCGGGAUCUUCAUUUUUACAGCUCUCAUGUUCUUGAUCUACGACCGCCUGGUCGAGCGCAGGCAAAAGAUCAUUUUGAGCAAGGCAACCCACUCCACGGCCAUUCUCUCCUCCAUUUAUCCCAAGAACAUUCGUGAUCGACUCCUCGAAGAUGCGGAACGCAAGGACAAGGAAGGAAACGGAUCCGGCAAGAAGAACGGCAACAACUCUAACAGCCCAGGUGACUUUAUGGCGCCAAACCACCGUCUCAAGUCCUUCUUGAGUGGCAGUGCCGCUGGAUCCAUGGAUGGUACAUCUGGAGGCCAGCCAUUGGCCGAUCUCUUUCCACACACAACCGUGCUCUUUGCUGACAUUGCCGGAUUCACCGCUUGGAGCUCCGUCCGUGAUCCUUCCCAAGUGUUCAUCUUGCUGCAAACUUUGUAUGGUGCAUUCGAUGAUCUGGCAAAGAGGAGGAGGGUGUUUAAGAUAGAGACUAUCGGCGACUGCUAUGUUGCGGUCACCGGUCUUCCGAAACCUCAAGACAACCACGCAAUCAUCAUGGCUCGCUUUGCACACGAUUGUCUCGUUCGUAUGAGACAAGUUACACGGCAGCUGAUCUCUUUGGGGCCCGGUACAGAUGAACUCGGUAUUCGCCUCGGGCUUCAUAGCGGACCUGUCACUGCAGGUGUGUUGCGUGGAGACAGGGCACGCUUCCAAUUGUUCGGUGAUACUGUUAAUACUGCCGCUCGGAUGGAAAGCACGGGAGUUCGAAACAGAAUCCAGGUUUCUCAGCAAACGGCUGCCUUGUUGACUGCAGCUGGAAAAGGUCACUGGUUAAAGGCUCGCGAUGAUUGUGUUCACGCCAAGGGCAAAGGGGUUUUGAGCACAUUCUGGGUCCUUGUCAAGAGAGGGGGUAGCGUCGCUUCUUCCAGCAGUAGUGUCAGCGAUGCAACCCCCGGUUCUUCAGUGCCUAGUCUUUCUAUUGCCGACCGGAAAGCAAUGGAAGAGGCAAGCCGCAGGAGCCGUCUUGUUGACUGGGUUGUCGAAAUGCUCUUGCAUUACAUGCAGCAAAUUUGCGCCUUACGCCACACCAAGAAUGUUGCUCCAAGCACAGAAGACCUUGUUCUCACCAAAACAGACUGCAACCUUGAUGAGCUGGUGGACGCGAUCUCUCUUCCAAAGAUCGAUGCGUCCAAGAUGAAGGUGCCCAAAGAAGAGGCCAUCAGCAAAGAAGCUGUUGAUCAACUUCGAAACCUAGUCACCGAAAUUGCAAAAACUUACAACGACAAUCCCUUUCACAAUUGGGACCACGCCUGCCACGUGACGAUGGCAUGUCACAAGUUCUUGCAACGCAUUAUAUCUCCUGAUUUGGAUGUCGCAGAGCUAGAACUUGCGGAGAAGAACACCGAGAAGUUUGUGUCUAAUCUGCAUGAUUUUACCCACGGGAUCAACUCGGAUCCUGUGGCCCGAACUGCAAUCAUCUUUUCUGCAUUGAUUCACGAUGCCGACCACCGUGGUGUCUCCAACGCUCAGCUUGCGAGAGAGGAUGAAGCCAUGGCGGAGUUCUACAACAAAAAGUCAAUCGCGGAACAGAAUUCAUUGGAUAUCUGCUGGAACAUGCUCAUGUCCCCCGAAUACUCUGAUCUGAGGCGAUGCCUCUUUGCCAACGAAUCCGACAUGCGCCGAUUCCGUCAAGUCUGCGUCAACGUCGUCCUUGCAACCGAUAUCUUCGACAAAGAGCUCAACGAUCUCCGCAAGGCACGAUGGAACCGAGCCUUCGCGAUCGUAACCGAAAGUAAAGAUGGCCAAGACGAAGAACAGGCAGUUGUGGAUGCCAGUCCCCCCGAAGAGAAACCGACAGGAAAUGACAGUGGCCUCCGUGCGACGAUUGUGAUUGAACACAUUAUUCAAGCCAGCGAUGUGUCGCACACGAUGCAGCACUGGCAUGUUUAUCGCAAGUGGAACCGUCUCCUGUUCCACGAAAUGCACGAAGCCUACCGCAAUGGGCGAAUGGGGGCAGAUCCCGCAAAGUUCUGGUACCAGGGGGAGCUUGGCUUUUUUGACAACUACAUCAUCCCCCUUGCUAGAAAGCUCAAGGACUGCAAUGUCUUUGGUGUCUCUAGCGAAGAGUGCCUCAACUAUGCUUUGCGAAACCGCGAAGAAUGGCAAGAGAGAGGAACAGAGAUUGUUGAGGAUUUGGUGGCUGAGCUAGCAGAGAAAGAAAUCAAGGAAGCCGCCAAAGAAACAAUCGAAGAAUAGGCUCCCAGUUGUGCCUCCGUAGCCAGCUGCCGAUAUUGUCGAUGGGGUUCAAGGGGCGGGCAGCCUGACGACUACAACCACAACCACAUGAAUUCACUAACCCAAGUAUUUAGAACAUUAGUUAUGCAUUUG